CACUUAUAACUAGUGGCCCCCAAUGAAAAUCUUCUUCUAGUUGAUGGGUAGCUUAACGGCGUUUGAACUCUCGCCCAUUAUUUAACCCAGUUUGCAAACCCAAACCCAGCAAACACCCUCCAAAACUACACCCAAUGGCAAACCCAGCAACCCCUCUGAUUUUGCUCAUGCUCAUCUCUCUACUGGCAGCCACUGAAGGAGCUCAAAACUCCACGGAGCUGAAGUGGGCCAAGAAGCUCAAGACGAGAAAGAAGACGACGUCGGAGACAGUGACCAACCUCCAGUUCUACUUCCACGACACAGUCAGCGGGAAGACCCCAAGCGCCGUGCGUGUAGCCCAAGCCACAGACACCAAUAAGUCCCCCACCCUUUUCGGAGCUUUCUUAACUGAAACAGCCGACCCGAACUCCAAGCUCGUGGGUCGGGCCCAAGGACUGUACGGGUCAUCUUGCCAGCAAGAGCUUGGGCUGAUUAUGGCCAUGAACUUUGGGUUCACGGAUGGCAUGUACAACGGUAGCUCGAUUAGUAUUCUGGGUAAGAACCAGGCUAUGAACCUUGUUCGGGAGAUGCCGGUCGUGGCUGGAACCGGGGUUUUCCGGUUGGGCCGGGGGUAUGCGAUUGCCAAGACACAUUGGAUUGAUUUUACCACGGGUGAUGCAAUUGUUGGGUACAAUGUUACUGUAAUUCACUAGAGUGAGUUACUUUUUCUUUUGAUGUUUCAUCCGUCUACUACUUGUUUUAUAUACUUUUAUAGUCGAAUAAUAAUGUCAUUUAUGUCAUC